GCGGCGGGUGAGCGCGGGGCGGCCCGUUCCGCCGCCAGGGCCCGGCCCAGGCCUCGGCGGUUCAUUUGUCAUAUUGUAGCUUUUUGUGUAUUUAUUGGGUUUUUUGGUUGGUUGUUUUUUUUUUUUUAACUCCAGUCGGGGCUCGGGGCGGGGGAAUAGCCGGCGCUUGGGCGGGCCGGGCCUGGCCGGGAGGAGGAGCCGGGGGCGGCCUCGGCCCCCCCGCAGCGUUUGUGGGGGGCGGGUUGGGCGGCCCAGGGCGGCCCCCGUGGGAGGGGAAGCUAAAAAGGGGCUGGUGAGGUAGGGGCAGGCCCGUAGCAGGGAGGAGUAGACCCAUGUCUGAGAGAGGGCGAGGUCAGGGAGCUGCAGAGGAGAAGAGCUGGUAUUAGUCGUUGUGCUCUCGGGUGAGAUGAGAGCAGGAUUCCCCCCUGCCUGGAGAUUUUGGUCUUUCAGAGGAGAUAAUCUCACGUGGUGGGCAAAUGAUGGGGCUGAGGGCACUGUUACCCUGUGGCCUGCGACUGUUUUCUCUAGGAGGUGGCCCCUGCUCCCCCUUCACUCUUCAGGAGGGAGCAGAUCCCAGAGCAGUGAAGCAUUGCAGGCUUGUGAGAUCUGUGUCCGGCUGUGGAGAGGGGAGUGAGCAAGGCAGCCAGACCAUAAGCCUUGGCAGAGCUGUGUUUCUCAGUAGCUUUGUCUUUUGAUCUCGUUAUUUACUGAAGCUGCGCUAGAAACCCACGUAAAGCGUGUGUAACUUUCAAAAAAACCUUCCGUCGGCAGCCCCUAGGAGAAGAGCCCAUCCAUGGUGGGUGCUUCUGCAGUUGGGGGUGAGCUGGCUCCAGCGUGGUCUGACCACACAAGCACCAGGGCUGGAAUGAGAGACAAGGGUGAGAGGGUGGCAGCAGGCAGCCUUGUCUUAGAUCAGUUUAAGAGCCGUUUAAACUGUUAAGGAGCAUUACCCUGGUGUAAAUCCUUGAAGAGCCCCUGAAUUCAACACACUUCUGUGGGGAAUGGCAGGGGCCUCUGUCAGGGCUCCUGCAUCAUCAAUAACAUAGUUACCAGAGUUCUGCUUCGAGAAUCAGUUGAUGUAGGACUGAAAGUACAGACCCAGGGUAGGUUGCAGUUAGGUGAAUUGGGAAGGUCACAGCAGUAAAGAAAUCAUUUCCUUGUGUGCAGGCUGAGUGUGUAAACAUCUCCAAAUGUACUUUUUGUAAGCCAGUUCCAGCAAAAAGGCUUAAAACAUUUGGCUCUCUUUCAAGUCCUUAUUGGUUAGGAGCUAGAUUAUCAGACUGCUACACUCUGCAGGACUAAAUCCACGUUUAAUUUAUUUCUAUUUGUCUUUUGUUUCUCUUUGAAGCGCUUGAGCACUUGUAGCUAAAUUGCAGAACUCUAGGCAAGCACUAUCUAGUGAGGACUGCUCAUGACUUCAUAUGUUCUUGUAUAGGUUUUAAUGACAAGAGGAAGCAGCAGAACUGCCUGGGUUUUAUUCCUGGAGUAGGUAACCCCCCUGCCCUUUUUGAAAGCAGUAAGUAGUCAAAGAAACAGAAAGACAAAAGGUAUUCCUUUAAAUCUGUUGGUGAAAGAGGACAGGAAAUACCUUUCCUUAGUCCAGAUUCUCCUGCUGUGUGAGAGUUAAAUGCAGGGCUUUCAAGUCAAAAGAUUCAUGGUAGUGUGUGUCCUCACUAAGAGGAAAACAGGUUUUGUUUGUGAAUACUUUUAAACUAUUGAAUUUUACGGGAAGGUUCUUUUAUCUUCUGAUCUUUCAUUAUAAUAUGUGUUUUGCAUGAGUGUGUUAGUGACUAAUAUGCUGCUGAAUGUCCUCUUAGCUCCCUGACAGAGUUACUCUUCCGUUGCUCAAUUUUUCCUAACCCAAAAAAGACUUUUUAUUUGUUUAGUGUCUUUGAAGGACAGAGGUGGGGGUUGAGACACUGGCAGGGUCUGUGUGGCUUUAUUUAAUACCUAAAGUGUGUUCUGUACUUUAAGGUCGUAAAGAAUGUAAUUUGUGAAUACUGGUGUCUGGUGUUAGAGUGACUGAUUUACAGCAGCUUUGGAGGAGAUGGUACAGACUGCGUUGAUGACUGGGGCUUGUGUUAGUCCUGCUUGAUAAAGCCAAACAACCUCGUGUGUGAGAACGCUUGUGGAAUGAGGAACUGGUUGUUAUUAUAUGUUGUUAAGACCUAAAAUGGUCAGGAGUAGAAGUAACGGAGAUCAAGGAGUUAAAAUCGUUGUGCCUCAGCUAGCGUUUUUUGCCCUCCCUGUUAUGUUACUGCAUCUUUGGAAAACAGCUGAGUUUCUUUUAUUUAGGAUGUUGUUUUUGCUGGCAGGGCGGAGUGGGUUCCUGCUGAUUUCUUUUCUGAAAGGGCUGAUCAAAGGGCACCAGGAUCCGAUGAACUUCAGAAUAGGCUUCUAGAGCUGUAAGCAGAAGGCACAGGGUCGCUGAGAUACAGGAACCGACAGCAACAUGGAUGACCAUUCCCCUCAUGCCUCUGGGCUUUGUCUUUGUCAUGAAUUUAAACCUACUGUUCAUAAUGCAGUUCCUAGGGCCAAAAGGCUGUUGGAUUCCACAGAGCAGGUUCAGGCCUUGCAGUCAGCUAAGAAAGCUUGUGUGUUGAGUCAUCACUGUAGCACUCCAGAUCCAUCAGAGAAACUACUGCUCUGUUCCCCAGAUUCUGCCUGCUUUCAAGGAUCCUCUCAUUUUCUGGAUGAUACUGGCCAUGACGACCUUGUUGCCAGUUCUUCUGCGUCAAAAUACGAUGAUGUAGUCAUUUCUCUAGAUACAACCAGAUGUUUCGAUGAUAGUGAGCCAAAUGACUCCUUGUUGGAACUGUCAGACAGAGAAGAAGGGAAUUCUCCUUUCAGUUACACUGAGGAAGAGAUCCAGGAAAUCUUGGCAGAUGAUUGCGUGGAAUCUGAGUGGUACCUAACUAGAAAAAACACUCUGAGCCAAAAUGUAAAUGGAGAGAGUGAGAAGGAUGAGAGCAGCAGCUGCACUGGGGCAUCAGUCAUCAGUGAAGAUGCAAAUGAAGCCUCAGAGAAUGCAGAGAAACCAAAUGUACGUCUGUCCAGAGAGUGUUCUUCAGUCAAUUCUGAAUGUUAUCCUAGCCUUUUGAAUGAAAGUGCUAGUUUGGAUGAGAACCAUCUGCAGUCAGCCCAAGUAACUCGCAUGCUGUUUGACCUUGACAUUCAGGAGCUUCUGAGUCUUAGCCCAAUUGAUGCUGACGAUGUAGAUCAGUCUCUGGAGGAUGAUUGUUUGGAGGGAGCCGAAAGAGAAGCUUCAGAAGCAAUCAUAAAUUAUUGCCUAGAGUAUGAUAAAACUGUUAGGAGCUGUGUUCUUGAAGAAACCUCGGAGGGGCUGAUGUCUAAUGGCUGGCAAAGCCUGGGUGUGCAUUGCCUGGGAAAGACUGCCUUUACAAGCAGAGAUGUGUCUAACUUCUGUGGUGAUCAUGCGGAAGGAUCCAUGUCUUCUUCUGACCUUGCCUGUGGCCAGAGCGCAGCUGAUGAGAGUUCAGUGCCUGUGUUGCUGAGGUGUCCCACGCCAUCUUCUGGGUCCAGAAAUGAAGAACUUUCCAAAGCAACAAAGAGCUGUUUUUCGAGGAAAUUAGACUCUCCAGAGGAUGAUGAGGGGGAAUCUAUAGAAGCUGAACAGCCGUCAAACAGCAUUAAAUUAAGUGAUACAGCUGUAGGCCAGAUUGGGCAGGAAGAGAUAACCAGUGGGAAGAAGCCUGGCAAAGUUAUUCCUGUGCCACAGGAGGAGGAAAGACUGAAUCAAGGGACAUGCAUUUUGGAAGCGGAGCUUGAGCAGAAGAAGCAUUUAUUUCCUGAGUGUGUACAUCCAUAUCAAGAAAACUGUAGCUCCUACACCAGGUCAUUAACAUUGCAAUUGUGCAUAUGGGAUAGUGCUUGCACCACCUGCUGCUCAGACAAGUAUUCUCGUGUUGUCUGGAGUGGGAUCAUUCUCGGGCAGAGUCAUCCACACCCGGGGACCCCUCAUCAGGUGAGUUGCAGUCCUACAUUCCCCAGGGCUGUGUCCCAGCCCUACCUCGCUUCUAGCCACCUUUGGCCCUUUUGGCAAGAGCAGGUCAGAACCGCCUCCACGCAGCAAGGAGGCAUAAGCGAUGAAGAUUACCCUUAAUCCCCUCUUAAUGCUGAGAACUCCUUCUAGCCUCUCAUUAAAUGCUUUGCUGAUUAUUAA